AUGUUCCAUUUCAGAUUCGCCUAUGAUAAAGGUGAGAAUGAUUAUCAAUUAGCAUUGAAGUUUUAUUUAGAAGCUUUGGAACAUUGUAAUGAACUUAAGAUGGAUAGGUUAUCGGAUGAAUAUACUGGUAUUCAAUUGAAGAUUGCUGAGAUGUUUGAGAGAUUGAAUAUGAGAGCGGAUGCUGCGUUUAUAUAUAAUGAGAUUGCGACUUUGUAUUUGACUGUUUUGACUUCGCCACAAGAUUCACCAGAGGGGAAGAGGAUUAGGACUUGGGAACAAAGACGGAAAUUGAUCCAGAAGGAUUUGAGAAUUGCUAUUAAAUUAGUUGAAAUGAAUCGAGAAAAUUCACAAUUAUGUAAAGCGAUUUUGGUUACGCAUUUAAUUAUUGCUCAAGAUGAAGUUAAUAAAGUCAUUGGAGGUCCAAGUAAAUUAAGUCUAAUUACUAAAGUUGAUGAGAGCCAACCUGAUCAAAACACCUAUUCCGCCACAUUGGAAAAUGAUAGUAUCUUAAUCACGGGAACUAAUGGAGAAGUCACCCGGAUCAAAAAGACACCAGAAGUAUGGGAACCAUUCACGGAGGAAUUCUUCAAUGCUAUGGAUUUAUUAAGUGCAAUCUGUAUCUCUUCGGGUGAUCUCGCGAUGGCAUCAAAGGUCAAGAUCUCAAUGACUGAAUCUAUGUUAUUAGCUGAUGUUGAACCUUCCAAGAUGUUAUUAUCUCAAUGUAAUUUAGGUUCAUUGUUAUAUAUGCAAGCUGAAGAAUUAGAAGCUCAAGAGAUUGGAAUGAGAAGAAAGUUUGCCGAAUUGACUGGGAUUGAAUAUGAAAAGUUCAAGAAUCAAGCAUUAUUAGAAGAUCAACAAGAUAAAGAAUCAAUUCUUGACGCAAUGAAAAACAAAGUUCCAACCGAAGACAAAGAAUUAUAUCAAAAUAUCGUUUCUUCAAAGAAAAUCUGUAUCAAGCUUGCUACAAAAGCAUAUGAAUCAGUCUUGGAAUUUGCAAAAUCAUUCCCACCCGAAGUUGUCAAAGAACAUAAUCAAAUUAAUGAAACGGUUGCGUUGGCCACUUAUGGAUUAGGGGUUGUUAGUUUACAUCUUGGAGAUUAUGGAAAAGCUGAAAGAUAUUUACGUGAAUCUAGAGUAAGGUCACGGAAAUGUAAUUAUACUUAUUUGAUUCUGGAAAUUGAACGAGAAUUAGAGAAGUUAUUUAAGGAGAAGAAGAAUAUCAAGGAAGGAAUUUCUAGAAAGGACCAACUUCGAGAUAUUGAAAUGGAUAUUGUAUUAAAGUGA